AUGCGCCUCUCGUGGCUCCUGUUCCUCCCUACGACCCUCUCAGUGGUAUCGGCGCUAGCUAUCAAGAGACGCGAUGCCGACUUCUUCAGCGUGCGGACAAAUUUGCGCAAGGACAUGAGUGGCAAGGCCGGCGACCCGGUCGAGAAAUAUUUUCAUUCCAUCCGCAUUAUGAUGGCAGGUACGGAAUCCUUAUUCGCAGAAGAAACAUUAGGCUAUCAGGAGCGGAAGCAAGCGCUUUCAAACCUUGUUCAGACGUACCUAGCUACAAUGGCAGACAUCGGGGUUGAGACGUGGCUGAUGCACGGCACGUUGCUUGGUUGGUGGUGGAACCGCAAAAUCCUACCAUGGGAUUCGGAUGCCGAUGUCCAGGUCUCCGAAGGGUCGAUGAAUUAUCUUGCUGCCUAUUACAACAUGACAGUUUUCCACUACAAAACGCCCCGCAUCACGGAUGGCCGACACUACAUGCUCGAGAUCAACCCAAACCACGUAAAUCGGGAACAGUCGGAUUGGCUGAAUGUGAUUGAUGCAAGAUGGGUCGAUACGACGAGUGGCUUGUUCAUCGAUAUCACCACGGCGAGAUAUAAUACAACACAUCCAGCCGGGGAGGGUAUGUUGAGUUGCAAGGAUGGGCAUGAAUAUCGGGACUCGUAUAUCUUCCCUCUGCGGGAUACUUUCUUUGAAGGAGCGCCUGCCAAAAUUCCCUUUGCGUACAAGGAGGUUUUAGAAGCCGAGUACAAAAAGAAGGCUCUGACACAGACCGAAUUCGAGAACCAUCGUUUUGAUGACGAGAAGCUCGACUGGAUCCCGAUCAAUAAAGACCAAGAAGACCCGUUCAAGAGCCAGAUACCUGUCAAGGCGCCGAAGGACGAAGAGCCGAAAACUGAAGAGCCGAAUGAGCAGGAGAAUAAAUCAGAUGAACCACAAGAAACCAAAAUGCUAGUCUAUACGGAACCCGAGACGCCAGAGCAAGCAACACUGCAACAUGCCUGGCCGAGCAGCGAGAAAAGCCCGAAACCGCAGCCUCCAUGUCCCAGAGGAGGUGCGGAGAUCCCGAGAUGUGCAUGCUCUCCCCCCUAUCCCUCUUGGAGGCCCCGCGGACCUGAUGAUCCUGUUUUUGCUGCUAUUGCUGUUACUAUCACUGCCACUAUUGCUGUCACUGUUGCUGUCACUGUUGCUGUCACUGUUGCUGUCACUGUUGCUGUCACUGUUGCUUUCACUGUUGCUGUCACUGUUGAUGUUGCUGUUGCUGUUAGGACUUUCCUGGUGGCAAACCUGAUCAUGGCCAUUUGUGAGAUUGAGGAAAUUCCGAUUACUCCGUUUCCGCUUGUUAUUUACAACUUCCUGAACAUCCUUAUCAUUCUCAUGCUAGGUGAACUCUUCGGCAAGCUCUUCAGCAGUCUGGUUGACAUAGGCUGUGGGCUGAGCGGUUUCAGAUGA